ACACAUUCAACAGUUGUAGUUUGAUCCCUCCCAGAGGAUACAGUAUUGCCGGUGUCUACGGUACCUGCGGUAAUUGGCUUGAUGGCUUUGGCCUGAUCAUCACGCGGUAGAUGCCAACUCGACACCGACGUCUUUCAGAAAACAUUAAUUACCAAAAAUGGCCAUCGACAAAUGGAUCGAGUACUCCGAGAGUACUCACGCAUGAGCCAGCGGAUCACUUUUCAUUACCAAUCUCGAUAUGCAUCUUUGCCAGCAUCACAUCAUACCCAUUACCAGCAUCUCCGUCUGAGUUGGACAGACGUUCCCAACCCUACUUUUCACUUUGUUGCACAUACAAUGUCUGCAAAUUUGCCUCGAAGCGUCCCACCCUCAUCAGUCAUUUUUGUGUCAGAACUCAUCUGUCGGCUUUUUUCUCCUUUGUCGCUUUUUUCUUGCAUCAAAGGACAUGAAAGGGCGUUAUUUUCCAGUCAUACAUUUUCGUCUUUUGUGUCUGUAUGAGAAAAAACAUCUUGCUAGGACGUCAGAAAGGACAAUUGGACUGAAGAUAUGAAAUAACAGAAUUAAUAUUUUAACCUGCUUCUCCAUGGACGAUG